ACUUCGUUUUGAGCUAGUUACUCGGAAAACGAAAAUCGGAACGCAAUCACUCACACCCUAAUCGCAUUGCACGCAUCUCUUCGUCUCCAGUCUUUCUUUCUCCCUCUCUCUUAGCCCUUCCACAAGCGGCGCUCAACAGAGUUGCGAGCGGCAGCGGCCAGCGUCCACCAGUCCGCCAUCGAGCAGUGAGAAUGGGAGGUUCAGCUAGGAGCGACGACUCUAGUGAUGAAGAAGAUGCCACUUGGAAAGCUGCGAUUCAAUCGAUUGCUUCCACCACCACUUACGGCAGCCAGGUUUCCAGCGCUUCCUCUUUCGGCAAUGGCGUAGCAAAAUCUCAUGCUCCACGAAAUGGCGACAACGAGGAUGCAGAGAAACCCCGCGAUCCCCAAAAGCUCAAGCACUACCAGAUUAAGGCGCAGAAGCUAUUGGAACAAUUACUGGAGAAGUCCCUUGAUAUAGUGGAAGAUGGCGGGGAGGUCCCAGAUGUUAAGCAUGUUUCAAAUGAAGGUGGUGUCCGACUGUUCAAGAACUCCCCUGUGGGCAUAUUGCUUGAUAGUAAAGAUGACAUUCAGCGCCCUACGAAGAAACCAAGACUCGUUCCUCAACUUGCUAUAGAAGAGAAUUCGAAGAAGUUCAGACGAGAAGUCAAAUCCAUAACUGUGGAUGGAGCAGAGAUAAUUGCUGCGGCAAAAGACGCAGCUGAAAGAUCAUUAGCCAGAUUGAUAGCUAAAGAAGCAGCAGCUAAAGAAAAGGCCAAGAAGGAAGAGGAAAGGGUUGCUGAGCUAAAAAAGACCAGGGGAGAAAAAUGGCUUCCUUCUAUUGCCAAGGAAAUGCAGAUGAAUGGAAGCUCGAGGCGAUGAUUGAUAGACACCGGUUUGGCCACCCUUUCAGUUUUGUUUUACUUUUGAAGACAGUUGAGGAGCUAGAAGGUUUUUGGUCUUUGCCCAAGCCAUCGCAGGAUUUAAGCCCUGGAAGUGGUGUUUAGUGCCUAAUGAACUUGUAGGGAUAGGGAAUAUCCUGAAUGACCUAGCAGAGAGGAGAUUUUCAUAUGCCAUGUUGUAUUCUCACACAUGCAUUGCUACAUCUGUGUGGCGAUUUGCUAGAAGAGAGCUUCAUCAUCUUCUCUUUAAGCUUCAUUGGGCUUAUCGGAACUGUAACAUCUUGCUGCACUGUAAGGGAAGCAUUCAAAUCCACUGGGUUCUUAGUAAACCCGCCAUCCGAACAUAGGUUUGUAAGCCAAGCUGCUUGCUUGAGAGAUCUAAUUUUAGCUGGAUGAGCUCCCUAGGAUUGGUGCAUAUGUUCUUGGUAUUGGCAUCUUGUAGCUGUGACAUGAAGUUCAAUAACAGCAACAGGUUUUGAAUUUGAUUCAUUAACUCCAUUUCGUCAUUAUUAUGCAAUCGAGCAAGCGGAGAGAGGUAAUGAAUUUGUUGGCCUUGA